CAACACAUCACCUAGAAUCUGAGUUACAAAACCUCAUUUGAUGAAAUGGGGUUUUGUUGAUUCUUCACCCUAAUCGCAUCACCGGCGGCUCUCCAAUCCAAUGGCCGCUCUAUCUCCGAGCAACGCCUCUCCAAUUCAGAGCUAUUACCAUUAUCGUCGUCAAUCAAUUUUGUUUUCCCGCUCAUCUGCAAGGCCGAUAACUAAUUUUGGAGGGAUCGAAUCCUUAAGGUCUUCGUAUUUUGGGGCUAAAUUUGUCCGCGGAAAGAGAAUCAAUGUGUGUGGGGAAACAGAGGCUUCGGAGAUUGACGACGAUGGGAAUGCUGUCAAAGACGAGCUGUUCGUGCGAUUCUUUCGCGAGGCGUGGCCUUACUUUCUGGCCCACAGAGGAAGUACUUUUGUCGUAGUGAUAUCUUCUGACAUCGUUGCUAGUCCUCAUUUGGAUCAUAUUCUAAUGGAUAUUUCUCUGCUUCAUGGACUCGGAAUCAAAUUUGUUCUUGUUCCAGGAAGUCACAUCCAGAUCGACAGGCUUCUGGCGGAAAGAGGAUCUGAACCAAAGUAUGUUGGUAGCUUCAGGGUUACUGACUCUGACUCGCUUAGUGCUGCACUUGAUGCAGCAGGGAGGAUUCGUAUCAUGAUCGAGGCCAAACUUUCCCCUGGACCUUCCUUAAGUGGUAUCUAUCGCCAUGGAGAUAAUGAUCGUUGGUAUGAUGGGGUCAGUGUUGCCAGUGGCAAUUUUCUGGCUGCUAAGAGAAAAGGAGUAGUUGAUGGAAUCGAUUAUGGAGCUACAGGAGAAGUUAAGAAAAUUGAUGUUUCUCGCAUUCGUGAGAGGCUCAAUCAAGACUCUAUAGUUCUUCUAAGCAACCUUGGUUAUUCAAGUUCCGGUGAAGUGAUAAAUUGCAACACAUAUGAGGUUGCAACAGCCUGUGCUCUGGCUCUUGGAGCUGAGAAACUCAUCUGCAUCAUAGAUGGGCCAAUUCUAGAUGAAUAUGGGAGGCUUAUUCAUUUUUUAACUCUUCAAGAAGCAGAUUUGUUAAUUCGUAGGCGAGCUAAGCAGAGUGAGACUGCUGCAAAUUAUGUAAAAGCUGUUGAUCAAGAUGAUCUAGUCUGUGCAGCCUACAAUGAUGCAAGUGAUACAGUACCUUCUCUGAAUGGGAAGGCAUUUGGUCGAGCCAAAUUUCAAAAUGGCGUUGGCUUUGACAAUGGGGAUGGACUUUGGUCUGGUGAGCAAGGUUUUGCGGUUGGAAACCAAGAAAGACUGAGUGGGUCAAAUGGUUACCUUUCUGAAUUAGCUGCUGCAGCUUUUGUCUGCAGAGGUGGUGUCCAGAGGGUCCAUUUAUUGGAUGGUACAAUUGGUGGAGUGUUAUUGAAAGAAUUGUUUCAGAGAGACGGAGUGGGUACUAUGGUAGCUAGUGAUCUUUAUGAAGGCAUGCGGAUGGCUACUGUCGCAGAUCUCCAUGGAAUUAAACAACUUUUGCUGCCUUUAGAGGAAUCAGGCACUUUGAUAAAGAGGACUGAAGAAGAGCUACUUAGAGCACUGGAUUCAUUCAUAGUUGUAGAAAGAGAAGGUCAAAUAAUUGCUUGUGGAGCUCUCUUCCCCUUCUUUGAAGAGAAACGUGGAGAGGUAGCCGCUAUUGCUGUUUCUCCCGAAUGCCGUGGGCAAGGACUGGGAGACAAAUUACUUGAUUACAUUGAGAAGAAGGCAUCGUCACUUGGACUCAGAAUGCUUUUUCUACUGACAACUCGCACAGCAGAUUGGUUUGUAAGGCGUGGCUUUUGCGAAUGCUCAAUUGAGUGCAUACCAGAGGAGAGGAGGAGAAGGAUCAACGAGCUGCGCAGAUCCAAGUAUUACAUGAAGAAACUUAUACCUGAUAGAAGUGGUAUCCGUCUCAAUGGCGCCUUUGCAUGACAAAAAGCAAUAUCACCAGCAGUAGUUGCAUUCCAUAUCAUAUGUUAUGUACAUCCAGAGAUGCCAAUUGGGUCAACUUCUUGUAUAAUUAUAGUCCAAUAAUAUAAUCGAGCUGGAUGGAUUUUACCUAUUGCAUAUAUUAUUAUGCAUGUAAAGGAUUAAGAUCCCCUACUUUGCCCUAAACACAGAAAAAAUAUAAAUAUACAAGUGGUGUAUUUUCUCCCACAUCCCUUUCCAACUGUUACUAAUUUACCAAUUUAAUUGGCUUUUGUUUCA